UUCAGAAGAGGAAGGGAAAUCAACACUACACAGCAAACUGACAACCUCACAGAGAAGCUGAAAUCAAACCUACAGAGUAAAGUAUACAGACAACGACACAAUACGAAUGCUACUCUGUUACUGUUAUUUUAGAGGAGGAUUUGGAAAACAAUACGUGCAUUCCCACUACAAAAUCUAAGAAUUUGGAAUACAAACAAGAUUCGUCAGAGAGAGAUAUCGAACAAAGAUGAAUGUUUCCUGCUCAGAUACCAGUGACAUAUUCUCAGUUAUUUUCAUGAAGUGAUCCAAACAAACAAGAUACACUGCUCUGCGGAAAACAAAAGAAAUAUAUUUGGUUUAAUCUGUUGGUGAGGUCUGCAUUGAUUGUAUAUAAUAUUUCUGAAGAAGACAGAGGAUUAUACCACAUAUAAUUCUUGAGGGAAUUGAGUCCCUGUAAUUCUUCUGGGUCUGUGUGAAGGGAUGAUGGAAAUACCCUUUUAUCAUGAUGAUAUAUUAAAUCUUCACCUACACCAAAGCUCCUAUACGACAACAGCCAGCAACAUGAUGAAAAAGGACCUGAACCUUAAUCUAAGUGAUCAAGUAGUAUCACAUAUGAAGCAACACCAGCAAGAUGGGGAUGGUCUGCUCACUUCUCCUGACCUGGGCCUACUGAAGCUUGCCUCUCCUGAAUUAGAGAGAUUGAUUAUUCAGUCAAAUGGCAUGGUUACCACCACCCCCACUAGCAGCCAGUUUUUGUAUCCCAAGAUGGCUAGUGAGGAACAGGAAUUUGCAGAAGGAUUUGUUAAAGCACUGGAAGAUCUACACAAGCAGAAUCAGUUGAGCACUGGCAUGAAGACAAGUUCAGUGUCUUCGGGUGUCAGUAGUCAGCCACCUUUGCACUCUGAUGCUCCUGUUUAUGUGAACCUCAAUAGCUAUUCCAAUGUAGCAAUGAGCGCUGCCAACUACCACACUGACUCUUCACCCUACCCUCCUCUACCACAACAUAUGGGUCAUCACGCUCACCUUCCUACGCACAGGAUGCACACGUUAAAGGAUGAGCCUCAAAUAGUACCAGAAGUGGCAAGUUUUGGAGAUAGCCCUCCAAUGUCUCCCAUAGACAUGGAUAACCAGGAGAGAAUCAAGGCUGAGAGGAAAAAGCUGAGGAACAGGAUAGCCGCUUCCAAGUGCAGGAAGAGAAAACUAGAGAGGAUUUCAAGACUUGAGGAAAAGGUGAAGCAUCUUAAAACCCAGAACACAGACUUGGCAUCCACUGCUAGUUUGCUAAGAGAGCAGGUGGCUCAGCUUAAGCAGAAGGUCAUGAGUCAUGUCAACAGUGGGUGCCAGCUUCUGCCUCAUCAGGUCCAAGCCUACUGAGAAGGUUCAACCCAAAAUGCAUCCCUCGUGACUGAAUAUCCAAAACAUAUUUUUCAGCCAUUUUAGAUUAUGUUGGGCUAUUACCAAAGUGUUAUUUCAAGACAAUUCCAAAUGAACUUUAAAAUCCUGUGACAGCGCAGAGAGCUGUGGGUGAGCGAACAUUUCAGAUUAUAAGUGUAUUUUUAUUCAAAGGACUCUUAAAAGACAUUGUCAUUGCUAAACUAGUGCUGCCUUAUCUUACUCGCUGUAAGUCACACUACUGAAUUCAAGCUUCACUUAUGCACAGCACUGAAAACGUUAAGCUGCUUCUUAGAACAGAUAUUUAUGUGGCCAUAAGGAUUUCACUCCAAAAGUGGGGAAAUUGUACUUGACUUUAGACUUAAUGAGACUUAUUCACUUAAAUGUGGCAAACGUAAAUUUGAACAGCAAAGUUUAGGCUAAAAUAAAAAAAAAAAAAUUUAAUUCUUCAAGUUAGCUAAAGUAUUAAUUUGUCUGCUUUAGCCAAAAUUUUGCCAAUCUGAUUUCAGUUUGAAAAUUUGUGGAUACAUUCCAUUAUACUAAAGUGCUCUUGCUGUACUAUAAUGUGAAAAACUUUCAUUAUUCAAAAGAGCAUUACUUAGGACAAGGAUGGGUAAUAUGUUGCUUCCUUUCUGGCGAGGCAUUAUGGAAGUUGUAAAUUAACUGUUUAUGUUUUAAAGAGCGUAAGCACUGUGGAGCAACAGGAAAUUAUGUUUUUCCUCACUGGAGAUGAAGCCCUUUUUGCAUAUCCAACCACUGUUCGCAUCCAAAAAUAGUUAAUAAUAAGUACUCUUUAUACUGAAAUGACUUUAAUGUUUACAGAGAAGGAAUGAUUGGUUAAGACCAUUUAAUGCAUUACAAUAUUUUAUAGCAAGGCCUCUUCAGAUGCAAAAAGUGCAUACAAGAAAUAUUUUAAACUGGCCAAGGCUUAUUAUUUUGUAAACUAUGUAAAUAUGCUUCAGAAGAGUAUUUUGUGCUUUUUCAAAAAAAAUAAAAAUAAUAAUAAUGUUGUAACAGCAUAUUGGUGUUUAACAGUUUUUGAUAAAAACAUUCCAAUGUAAAAUUUCUAGACAGUACUAAUAAUAAAGCAUUGUUUCAAUAA